UCAUUCACCAUCGGAUAAACGCAGUUUUAAAAAAAGAAUUUUCUUUAUUGUGUUUAUUAUAGAAUUUACUGUAAUCAUAAUUAAUUAAAUUAAAUAAAUCAGAAAAAAGAAAUAUUUCAUAAUUUACAGAAUUCUGUUAAAAAUCGAUUCGGUUGAAUACAUCGUACAAUGAAUUUGCUUUUGAUAUCAACGUUAAUUUGUAUUUUAGAAUACAUUGUGCCAAUUGUAAUAACUUAUUUUACAACACAUUUAUAUGUAAGGAAAAAACAAGAAGUUGAAUUACGUAAAAAUUUAGCCAUACUAAGACAAGAAAUGGCAAGUAUUUCAAUGGUAGACGAAUUUUCAAAAUAUGCUAAACUUCAAAGGAAAUAUAAUAAAUUAGAAAAUACUUUGAAAGAUAUAGAAAAUGGAAGAUUAUCCAAUAGAAGAAAGGCAAGAUUAUUGACCACUUACGGUUUUCGUUUCAUCAAUGGUAUAUUAAUAAUGAUCUUUUUAUAUAUAUAUAACAAUGAACCUGUAAUAAAACUACCAAAGGAUAUAUUAUGGCCAAUUAAUUACUUUCUAAGAUGGCCAACUAAUCAUGAAGACUCUAUUUCUUUAAUUAUGUGGUUUAUCAUUGCAAGAAUAGCUAUAUCUAAAUGUACUCAAAUUCAUAUAACUAGUAAUCAUUAAAUAAACUCAUCAAUAAAAAUAAUAUAUAUACAUAUA